AUGCAUUAUUCAUAUACCACCCCUCAAGAUAUGGACGCAAGAAUGAGACGCAAUUCUUCAGCUUCACUCUUUCUAUCGACAGAAGGAAGAACAAAACCAUCGCUUGCCCGUCAAGCUAGUAGAGGGGAUGAUACCAACAAUAGUGAAACAACAGAAGGAUCUUCUCAUUUCAGACGACUCUUACAGUUCAUUUAUCCAUCACAAAAAAGAAGAUGUUCUUUUUCAUCCUUCAUAAGACCCACGGUUAAACAGCAAAGACAACGACAAGAAGACGAUAAUGACAGUCUUGUAACAAUUGAUGAUCAAGAUGAUAUAUUGGGUGUUUCUGACAGCGAAGACUCCAUAGAAAUAAAAGAGAAUGAUGCUAAGCAUACGUAUUACCGCAGCCCAAUUUCCUUCAACGUACAGCGUCGACGAUCAAACGAAGAACUGGAUAAAGUAGACUUCAUAUUAAGAAAACGGUCAUCCCACAACCGACGAGCAAUGUAUUUACCGAACGAUCCUAUUAUGAAUGCGAGCGAUGGACCCAAAGAUGAAUGGCAUGCCUGGAGGCUCUACUGCAGCACGUAUCAAAAAUUAUUGCUUCAUCAAACUUCGAUACCACUUUCAAAACAUCUUCUUUUGAAAAAAAUGCUGGUCACUCUACAGCAAAAGAAUUUGGAUCUUUUCAGUAGAAGUAUACAAGGACCUUCAACAAAGGAAUCUAUUUUUGAUAUAGUCAAAUAUGACUGUAAUGUAGAAGAAGAAAAGCAAGAAGAGGAUAGCUGUAGUGAUGAUGACAGCGAUGUUGAUAGUGACAAUGAUGAUGACGAAGCAUUAGAAGAUGAUGAUCUUCCUCUAGACAGACUCUUAUACCAACAGGCGAAUCAAAUUUCAAAACCAUUAGAAUAUACCGAACAUCGUGCUGGAAACGAUGAUUAUGAUAUCAAGAAGGCUUUGUAUAGCCAUUCCCCAUCCAUCCUUCUAUCAAAUAUAGUUGUACAACCACAUCCCGUUUGCAAGCCAAACAAAUCCAAUCGAAAAUCCAUUUUACAAAUCCCAAUACAUUCCUCAUGUUAUCAGCAUAAGCAUAAUUAUUGUCACAGGUCAGCACCUGUUGUACGGUUUAUUUAA